UCCAGCUGCCUAAGUGGAUACAUAUAUAUUUUCUACCUACCACGUCACUCCUACCACGUGACUUUAAAACCAGAGAGUCUGGUUUCGGCCAUUUUCGAUUAGGCUCCUCCCCCGCCCCACUCUCGCAGCCCCGCCCUCCUGCUCUUUAACCUGUCGUGACGUCAUGGGGCAUAUCAAGUGAGGGGGGUUCCAGGUGAGGUUUGUGCGGCCGACGCGGAGCGCCAUCCCCCGCCCAAAUAAACGAAGGCGACCGUCAGCGGCGUCGUUUCACCCAUUACCCUCCGCGCGGGCGAAAGAAAAAAAACACAUUUUAGUUUCUUUAAAUCGUUUUAAAAAAAAAAAAAUUUUAACUUGAACAUCAUCGCGAUUUUGGGCGAGUCCACGUUAGCCACCCUCGUCCCCUCGUCCACCUGCCGAAACCACCGCCACCGCCACACUCGCGCCAUUUUCAAUGUUCGACGUUUCCGGAGACAUGGCUAUCUGUGACGCUCCCGCGGACCGCAGCUUGACUCCAGUCUGUCACAGGCUACACGGGGGAUCUUUGAGACAAGAGAAGAUUGAGGAGGAGGGAGGUUUGUCAUGCGAGGAGGAAGACCAGCAUUGCACAGCUGUAGAAUUCGUGUACGACACAAGCUCCAACCGCGAUUAUUCCACAUUUGAGGAUCAGCCUCCUGCACUGCCGUUGACGGUGGAGGUCAAAACCGGAGGGCCCGGAGAAAAAUCCACGUGGCCACUGCGGGCGAAGAGAUCGCGCGCCCUCCGUAAGGGUCCGAGAUCGAAGCCACGACCUCGUGCGCACCUCCAGGACUAUCUGAAGAUCGUCAUUUUCUUUCUCUGCCCGAUUCUCUUCUUCCAGCUUGUUGGCGACACUGCUGCCAACGCCACCGAACCUUCGCCGUUGCAACAUCUUCUAGCCCAAGGACAAGUUGAUGGCAUCAACUGGAGCUGUCCCAACGAUGAGACGAGCACGAUCCUCGUCCGCAGAGACGACAAAUUGCUGGUGGAAUAUUGGACUUCGGGUGAAACGUUCAACUUGUCGUACAAUGACACCUCGUUGAAAAUCGUGGACUGGGACUGGUCUGUGCCAAGCGGCACGUUGUUGUGGAUACGGAGCCCGGAGGACGGCGUUUACUCGGUAGAGGCUCGAGGACUGAAUGAAGACCGCAACACCUGCAUCAUCGCCAUCUUUACAGCUGCAGCAGAGGCGCCUACAAUGCCAGGACCCGUGCAGAUUUCAUAUCCAUCAAAUGAGACCACCUCCCGUAAUGAAACACUGUCGCACGGCGGUUCCCGGUUUGUGCUAUUGGUGCCAUUGGUGCUAUUGGUGCUAUUGGUGCCAUUGGUGCUAUUGGGACUGCUCGUGGGGUACGUCGUGAAGAAGCGUUUAUGCUGCAAGCCGGAAACCCAGCGUGAGAUUGAUGACGAUUCGUGCACAACCAAUGGCUGUCUGUGGAAAAGCAUCGUCGCGUGCAUCUGCCCGCGUCACGAAUACCAGCAGCCACAGGCCUGAAGUGACGAGCGGAGCGGAAUGUUCCACUCCCCCGCCCUCCACCAAACCCCCUCUUUUCACGUCUCAAAAUUGCCCUCCUCGUUUUAACAUGCGACGCAAACAUCGAUGCCGUGAAAUCGCCUUUCGCCAGUUGCCACAGUUUAUUGCUCCCUGGACUGAGGUGCUCCCCCUUCUUCUUCGCUCUGCUGUCCGGAUGUGGAGCUGCCUCCCCGAUGAGCACAUUGUCGGCAAGAUCACCGAUUCCAGUCUUGAGGCCCUCAAACGCCGAGCUCGCACACACGGGGCACCCCCCCCCCAUAACGUUGCCAACCCGCCUUGUAGGGCGACCGAGUCUUUGAGCCGCACUGAACCAAUGGCCGCGCCGAUUAGACGUACUCAUGUCUGAAAUGGCUGUGCACCCAAUAAAAAAAACGUGCUCGCUAUAACAGCACUUGCCCCAACAGUCUGUUUAGUUCUAGAUUUAAAGCUUUCGUGACUGCUAGGAUUCAUACUCUUUGGUUCUAUUGGGUAAAGUCACGUAGGUGAAAAUAAAAUAACAGUCUGCUUAGACUAUACGGGGGGAUCUUUUGUCUUUUUGUCUAGAAAAAAGAACCGCUACCUCCUUUACGGUUCGUGUAUGUAAUGUGUGCCGUUGAACGUCUGUCGUGCCGUACGGAGCUAACCGUGCUAAAAUCGUAGGUGCGGUGUCGGGCGCUGUCACAUCGCUUGGAACGCCAUUUUGGAGGGAAGGCGUGACGGGCCGAUGCUAAUCCGUCGUUUUAUCCUCGUGGCGUGCUCGGCCACCAGCAGUGGCUCACGGACGCGCUUGUAAGGGGACCAGCGCGACCCCCCCACAUCGUCAAAGAAUUGUCCAAAAAGCCACGGAGAAAACACGAGGACAGCCGCCAAUUACGUACUCUGGGCCACGAAAACUUCCGUUGGUGGAGCCAACACAGAUAACGACUGCGGUUGGCCGUGUGGAAUGUCCCAAAUGCUCGCUGGGGAGGAGAGGCUGCCAUUCCUCUGUCGAGAGCUGGACUGGUACCACCUGGAUCUCUGGAAUAUGUAUAGGGCCUGGUGGGCUGACUGGGUCCUGUCACUACGAGGGGGUGGACAGUCUUCCAUGCUGGGCACGUGUGGAAAGGCGCUUCAAGGCUCAUCGGAUUUCUCCUGCUGUCUAAAUAAAGAUUCUGAUUCUAAACUGUGUAUCUUUCUGUAACUAGGGAGUCUCUAUGCAAGGCUUUAUAUCUCUGUAACUUUAUACAUCUUUAAAUAACUAUGCCACCGUAUGUAACUAUGGCUAUGAAAAUAAACUUUUUGAAUCUCUGUAACUGUGUGGAUUUCUCUAACCCCAUUUACCACUGUAUUGAUCUCCGUUGCACUCUGGAUUAUUUUUUUUACGUAGCUCGGUAGAUCUCUCUGUGACUGUAGAUAAUCCCCGUGACUAUCGCUCU